UAUUCACAAGACUUCAUUCUUCCACUCAUCACAAUGCAAGUCCCAUUGAUCAGACUCCAAUGCGGAGUCAACAGCUACGACUGGGGCAAAGUAGGCAAAGAAUCAGCCGCCGCAAAAUUCGCUGCUGCCACCCCAGCCGACAACUUCUCCAUCCAAGAAGAAAAGCCAUAUGCAGAGCUAUGGAUGGGUACGCAUCCCUCCAACCCUUCGAAAGAUGUUGCCACCAAGCGAACCCUCCUCGACCUCGUACAAGACAACCAAGCACUCAUGUCCACCGAAAUCAGCGAGAAAUUCGAAAACAAAUUGCCGUUCCUGUUCAAAGUCUUAUCUAUUGGCAAGGCACUCAGUAUACAAGCACAUCCAAACAAGAAACUCGCCGAGCAACUGCAUAAGAAGGACCCGAAGAACUACCCUGACGACAAUCACAAACCUGAGAUGACAAUUGCUAUCACACCUUUCGAUGGACUCUGCGGCUUCCGGCCUUUGGCAGAAACGGUUCAUUUUCUGACCACGAUACCAUCCCUCAAGAAACUCGUGGGCGAGUCAGAAGUCGAAACAUUCAAAUCAGCAGUGAAGGGUCAAGAAGCCUCAGAGAAGCCGGAAGACGAGGAGAAAAACAAGAAAGCCCUACAAAAGGCAUUUGGUUCCCUGAUGAACUCGAAGAAGGAGAAUGUUGAACAAGCUGCAAAGGAAUUGAUAGCCUCCGCGGAAAAGGAAGGCGCUGAUUUCGCUGAUGGUGGAGGGCCUUCAAACAAUGGACAAGAACUGGCGGAUCUCGUUGUACGGCUCAACCAGCAAUUCCCAGGCGAUAUUGGGCUCUUCGUCCUCUUCUUUCUCAACUACGUCAAGCUUGAGGUCGGCGAGGCCAUGUUCUUAAAGGCGGAUGAUAUCCAUGCAUAUCUCAGUGGCGAUAUAAUUGAAUGCAUGGCUGCAUCCGAUAAUGUUGUUCGGGCUGGAUUUACCCCCAAAUUCAAGGAUGUGAAUACGUUGAUUUCUAUGCUCACUUAUUCAUACGCUCCAAUUGAAGAGCAGAAGAUGGAGCCAGUGGACUACCCAUACGCUACUCUAAACCGAGAUGCAUAUUCCUCUGGCUCAUCAGCCAUCCUUUACGAUCCUCCAAUCGAAGAGUUCAGUGUAGUAAGAACCAGUCUCAAGAAUAAAGGCGCAAAGGCUACAUUUGAGCAAAUCGCUGGACCAAGUAUCUUCAUCUGCACAACUGGAAACGGGAAGAUUAGUGUGGGACCCAAAGUAGAGGAGGUAAAGCCCGGAUAUGUCUACUUUGUGGGUGCAACGGCUGAGGUGGUACUGGAGAGCGAGGAUGAUGAAUUUACGACUUUCAAGGCGUUUUGCGAGUUACAUGGGAAAGAGGGUGGGGAAAAGCUAUGA